GAAGAUUUCAUCCGUAACAACAGGGAGAUAAAUGGAGGCGCAGACCUUCCUAGAGAGUACCUAUCUGAGAUUUAUCAUUCAAUUAGCAGCAGUGAGAUUCAGAUGAACGCAGAUAAGGGAACCGGCUUCCAAAUGAUUACUGCCAGUCGUUGGAUUAGUGUGAUUUACAAAUCCAAAGAAACCAGUCCCUAUAUCCUAUGUGACUCUGCAUCCCAUCUGGACCGCGACAUGUUUUGUAUUGUGUCUGGUCCCACUAUUGCAGCUACGACAGUGGUUUUUGAGCAAGCAGAGCAAGAAGAUGUUUUGCAGAGAUGUGUCGAUGGAUUAUUGGCCAUUGCAAAACUUUCAGCAUAUUAUCAUUUGAACAGUAUUUUGGAUGAUCUGGUUGUGUCUCUCUGCAAAUUCACACCUUUCUUCACCCCGUUAUCUGCCGAUGAAGCUGUUCUUGCUUUAGGAGAAGAUGCCAGAGCGAGAAUGGCUACUGAAGCUGUUUUCUUGAUUGCAAAUAAAUAUGGUGAC